GAUCCUUGAGAAUGUUAUCGCACAUGGUGUAGAACUUCUUUUGGUCAGAGUUUGGAAAGAGCGGUUUUUUCUUCUUGGUAUUGGUGCAGAUCUCAUAAAGUUUCUCGGUGUUGCAAAUUUUCUCUUUGCAAAAGUCAACGAGGCGCUCGUUCGAGCAAAAAUGAGCAAAAGAGAAAUCAUCGAAUACUUUUUAAACCACAAAGAUGAAUUUGAAAAUCUGUACCAAAGUCAUUCAUCUGUGUUCAAGAGUUAUCUUGAAGCUCGACGAGAUCACAAGGUGGCCGCAUUUGAUGGUGACCAAAAUCAAGAUCUUCUUGAUCAGGUUAGAUUCGAGUACGGGUUGCUUCAUAAACGUGAAUACCUGGCAAGUGCUGAGAAUAUGGAAGAUCUC